CUCUCUGCUUUACCUCCUAACACCCCAAGAAAUCGAAAACAACAAUGGCUCCCGGUGACAAGCUCGAGAAGGCCCUCAGCACACUCGUGGGCAAACUCACGACAAUGGACAAGUUUGGGAAAACCGCAUGGGCGCGCUCUGCUGUCGUAACGUUUGUAUUUGUCCUAGACUACGACUGGGACGUCAACGGGUCGCCCGGCACUGUGGCGGAGCGCGGGGGGUACCAGCCGAUGCUGAGCCUCCUCGCCAACGCGGGGACGUUUACGUACUCUAAGGACUCGGUCAAGAAGGGCACGAAGGUGUACGCUCUCCAGGGCGACGAAGACACGUUCGUCGACUUCAUUACCCAAAACGACCAGUGGUCAUCGCAAAACCUCGACGAGUGGGAGCUCCUUUCCGGGGGGCCUGACAAGAAGUCCCAGGAGAAAGUCGGCAUUGACCUCGACUCCCUCACCUGGGCGGCGUACCAGGUCGACGGAGACAAGGGCAUCAAGGCGCAAGUGGCGAAGCUCGGUCUUACAGAGAGCGGGGAUGACUUCCUCGUGAGUGCUAAGUCCUCCAGACCCUCCAGAUCAGUACUCAACAUCCGGCAGAAGAUCUACUUCUCCAUCCGCGCUUUCUGGGACCCUGAAUCGGACAGUAUCAAGAACAGCUUCGUGUCCGAGACCAAGCCCGGCGAGAUCUACGAUUUUGUCAUCAAGGGCGAGAAGCCGGACCCUGUGCGCCUCCGCAUGAACCUCGGGGACGGUAGCGUAGCGUUCGACGUCAAGAAGGACACCAAGGCCAAGCUUACCUACGCAACUGACGACGCGACGUUCCACAAGACCAUUCUCGGAUACAAGAAGAAGGUGGCCGACCCCGAAUUCGCCUCUGGAAAGAUCCAGGUCACGCCCAAGCCGACCAACCAGGCCGAGAAGGACUGGGCUGCGUAUCUCUAUGAUCACUUUGCCAGCUACUUCAAUGUGUUCGGUCGGAAUGAGUGAGAACGAGUCGGACCCGGGCAGCAGUGUCUUUGAAAUGGAGGAGAACCAAGUCUAGUCAAGUCAAGUGGCGAUGAAUCCGUUGUGAAU